GUACAGCUUUAAAUACAACCGAAAGAGUCGAAGUAGAAUUACUCCACAGGUCAGCUGUUCGCUGACGUGCUGCUCUUAAGCUCUUAAAUUAUAUAUUUAUUUUUAUUAGGAUUUUAUUAUAAUAUGACCGUGAACAACAUGGCAGAUCCAAGACGACCGACUAAGAUUUUUCGCUACAAGCCACCUAAUACAGAAACCAACCCCACAUUGGAAGAUCCUACACCCGAUUACAUGAACCUGCUCGGCAUGAUCUUCAGCAUGUGUGGCCUGAUGCUCAAGCUUAAAUGGUGUGCGUGGAUUGCAGUGUAUUGCUCGUUCAUCAGUUUUGCCAAUUCACGGAGCUCAGAGGACACUAAACAAAUGAUGAGCAGCUUCAUGCUGUCCAUAUCGGCCGUCGUGAUGUCGUAUUUGCAGAACCCACAGCCCAUGUCGCCACCGUGGUAACAAAUAAUCCAAACCCAAUAAGCCAUCUCAGCAGGGACUGCGUGAGAACCAGCUGAUCCACCCACUGUUCUUCUGGGACGCCGGGACAUGCACUCAUCAGCCCAGCUGGCCAAUCAGAGGCUGGCAAAUUGACCGAUGCAGUUCCUGUUAGACCGUUUCAUGUCUUCCCUGUGUUCAUCAGUUGUUUUUAUGUGGUAUAAUAUUCAUAUGCUGUGAAAGAUUGAGAAAUAAAUGAGUAAUUUUCUGCACUGCA